CAAAAAUUGCAUAUUCAUUCAAUAUUCAUUUCAAUUCCCUUUUAUAGCUAACUUUGCUUUCCUCCUGUGACAUUCGUUUCGAAACCCAAAAACCAGAAUACUAUUAUACUUUCUUUCUUGUUUCUCACUCUAAAAAAGUUUUACACUACAGAUCCUGGAAUCGCUCUUUCUCUCUGAUUUUCUUUUUUCACGAGUCUUUUCAUCAUCUUCGCUUUCUUUUCUACAGGAUUGUAUUGGACAGAGUAAAAGCGGGAUUUGGAGAGGAGUUUCGAAGGAGUUUUGAAGAAGAAGAAGAAGAAGAAGGAUGGAUUCGGAUGAGGAGAAUGGUGAUUACAGAAAGAUUAAGAUUGGUGUUUGCGUCAUGGAAAAGAAGGUGAAAUGCGGAUUGGAGGCAUUUUCAUCUCCCAUGGGCCAGAUUCUCGACAGGCUUCAAUCAUUUGGUGAAUUUGAGAUAUUGUAUUUCGGGGACAAGGUUAUUCUCGAGGAACCUGUAGAGAGCUGGCCAAUAUGUGAUUGCUUAAUUGCUUUUCAUUCAUCUGGUUAUCCUCUUGAAAAAGCUGAAGCCUAUGCUUCUUUACGGAAGCCUUUUCUCGUAAAUGACUUGAAGCAGCAACACCUUCUCCAUGAUAGAAGGAAAGUGUAUGAGUGUCUUGAAAUGUAUGGCAUUCCCAUUCCAAGAUACGCUCUUGUUAAUAGGGAAUACCCAAAUCAAGAUCUGGAUUAUUUUGUAGAGCAAGACGACUUUGUUGAGGUUCAUGGGGAGCGCUUUUGGAAGCCCUUUGUGGAAAAACCUAUUCACGGUGACGAUCAUAGUAUAAUGAUUUACUAUCCCAGUUCUGCAGGCAGUGGCAUGAAGGAGUUAUUCCGGAAGGUAGGCAAUCGGUCAAGUGAAUUCCAUCCGGAGGUUAGACAAGUGAGGCGUGAAGGCUCUUACAUAUACGAGGAGUUCAUGCCAACUGGGGGAACAGAUGUCAAGGUGUACACUGUGGGACCUGAAUAUGCACAUGCUGAGGCAAGAAAGUCUCCUGUUGUUGAUGGCGUUGUUAUGAGGAAUCCUGACGGAAAAGAAGUGAGAUAUCCUGUAUUGUUGACUCCAGGAGAGAAGCAAAUGGCAAGAGAGGUCUGCGUGGCGUUUAGGCAAUCGGUUUGUGGGUUUGAUCUCUUACGUUGUGACGGACGAUCAUAUGUCUGUGAUGUGAAUGGAUGGAGUUUCGUGAAGAACUCACACAAGUACUAUGAUGAUGCUGCUUGUGUCUUGAGGAAAAUGUUCCUGGAUGCGAAGGCCCCUCAUCUUUCUUCAACAAUUCCACCAACUCUGCCAUGGAAGGUAAAUGAGCCAGUCCAACCUACAGAGGGACUUACACGCCAAGGAAGUGGUAUAAUUGGAUCAUUUGGGCAGUCAGAGGAGCUUAGAUGUGUAAUUGCAAUUGUCCGCCAUGGUGAUCGAACUCCCAAGCAGAAGGUAAAGUUGAAGGUUACAGAGGAAAAACUAUUAAAUUUGAUGCUAAAAUACAAUGGAGGUAGACCUAGAUCUGAGACAAAACUCAAGAGUGCUGUUCAGCUGCAAGACUUGCUUGAUGCUACAAGAAUGCUAGUACCACGUACAAGGUGCGGUCGAGAAAGUGAUAGUGAUGCUGAGGACCUGGAGCAUGCUGAAAAGCUUCGUCAAGUUAAAGCAGUGCUUGAGGAGGGAGGACAUUUUUCUGGAAUCUAUAGGAAAGUUCAACUAAAACCAUUAAAAUGGGUUAAAAUAUCAAAAGCUAAUGGUGAAGGUGAAGAAGAACGCCCAGUUGAAGCUUUGAUGGUUCUCAAAUACGGAGGUGUUCUUACACAUGCUGGACGAAAGCAGGCCGAGGAACUCGGUAGAUACUUCAGAAAUAAUAUGUAUCCAGGUGAAGGUACAGGCUUGCUUCGUCUCCAUAGCACUUACCGUCAUGAUCUGAAAAUAUACAGCUCAGAUGAGGGUCGUGUCCAGAUGUCCGCAGCUGCAUUUGCAAAAGGUCUUCUUGAUUUGGAGGGACAAUUAACACCAAUUCUGGUUUCACUUGUAAGCAAAGACUCUUCAAUGUUGGAUGGGCUAGAAAAUGCCAGCAUUGAAAUGGAAGGAGCUAAGGCUAGGUUGAAUGAGAUUAUAACUGCUGGAGCAAAGUCAUCCCAUGGCGGUGGAAAUGCAGAAUUUCCCUGGAUGGUUGAUGGUGCUGGACUGCCUUCCAAUGCUAGUCAACUUCUAAAAAAUUUGGUCCAAUUGACUAAAAAAGUUACUGCACAAGUAAAACUACUCGCAAUAGAUGAAGACGAGGAGCUUGCAGAGACAAGCUCCUUUGCGGAUGCAGUGCUUCCAUAUGACCAAGCAAAGGCCCUAGGGAAGGUUAACAUUGAUGUUGGUCGAAUUGCUGCAGGCUUGCCUUGUGGUAGUGAGGGUUUUCUUUUGAUGUUUGCUCGCUGGAAAAAGCUUGAGAGAGAGUUGUAUAAUGAACGCAAGGAACGGUUUGACAUCAAACAAAUCCCAGACGUUUAUGACUCCAGCAAAUAUGACCUCUUGCAUAAUGCACAUCUCAAUCUAGAAGGAUUGGAUGAGCUCUUCAAAGUUGCUCAGUUACUUGCAGAUGGUGUCAUCCCAAAUGAGUACGGGAUAAAUCCAAAGCAGAAACUCAAAAUUGGAUCAAAGAUUGCCCGCCGUUUGUUGGGUAAGAUUCUAAUUGAUUUAAGGAACACACGAGAAGAAGCAAUUAGUGUUGCUGAACUCAAAAGCAAUCAAGACCAGAAUCCAGUAUUUCCAAAGACUAAAAAGGAAGAUUUUGACUUUCUGGCGAAGUACCAGAAGCAUGAAGACACAAAAAGAUCCACUAGUGAAAAGUCCCUGGACCAAGACGAUGAAGAGACAAAAUAUCGUUUGGACCCGAAGUAUGCAAAUGUCAGGACACCUGAUCGACAUGUUCGAACGCGCCUUUAUUUUACAUCCGAGUCACAUAUACAUUCGCUGAUGAAUGUACUUCGCUACUGUAACUUGGAUGAAUCUUUACAAGGAGAAGAGAGCCUUGUAUCCGGCAGUGCUUUGGGACGGGUGUUUAAAACUAGGGAGCUCGACUACAUGAGUUAUGUUGUUUUGAGGAUGUUCGAGAAUAUAGAGAUACCUCUAGAAGAUCCAAAGAGAUACCGUAUAGAGAUGACAUUCAGCCGCGGUGCAGAUUUGAGCCCUCUUGAGAAUAAUGAUGGUGAGGCUGCGUCACUGCAUCAAGAGCACACAUUACCAAUCAUGGGACCAGAAAGGUUGCAAGAAGUAGGAUCGUAUCUUACAUUAGAGACGAUGGAAACGAUGAUUAGGCCAUUUGCCAUGCCUGCUGAAGAUUUUCCACCCCCAUCAACUCCACAAGGCUUUUCUGGUUACUUCUCUAAGAGUGCAGUGUUGGAACGUCUUGUGAAUCUCUGGCCUUUCCAUAAGCAUGCUAAUGCUAAUGGAAAGUAACUCUUGUCCCGCUUCGUCUCUCUUUUUCUUCUACUGCCUUCACCUGUCUUUACAUUGGCCUGCUAGCUUUUGGUGUAAUAGAAACUCCGGUCAUCUUUUUGUCCUUCACACAUGUACAUAGCUCUCUUCUUGGUUCCUGUUAUUUUUUCCU